UACUCUAUUGGCUUUCGAAAAUGGAAAAUUUUGUGGCUGACCACAACAGACGAUGUAGAGCAAACGAAGUGCUUGAAUGGUUACAUUCUGCCACUGCUAUACAUGACCCUCCGAUUGAGGAGGAGUAUACAAUAAGAGCAAUUCCCUCUACGCUUAUUGAGAAUACUAGUGCAGAAGAUUAUGGCAAGUACUAUGAGCCCCAUGUGGUUUCCAUUGGUCCAAUACACCAUCGAAAACCUCUUCCUCAAGCCAUGAAGUUGUUAAAACGGAAAGCACCGAGGGAAUUAGCAGGAAGAGUAUCCAUUCAGCACGCGCAUGCAGGUGUUGAACAGGACUUGCUCAACGCUCGGAAUUGUUACUCUCCUAGUCAUACCGAAUGUUAUGCUGACGACCGUGACUGGUGUCUCAUGUUGUUCCUUGACGGCUGCUUUAUUAUUCUAUUCAUCCGUGGUUGCAGCUUGGACAUGCUGAAUAUGAAGAAACAUGAUAGAGAUUUGGUGUGUCGUGACCUUUUAUUGUUCGAAAAUCAAUUGCCUUUCCAGCUUCUACAUGCUUUAUUACGCGCAUUUGAAAUUGAAGAGACUUUUUUCCUAAACGAUACCGGGCGUUUCCUCUUUAACCAAUUGUUAACAAUAUCUCCUAAUCCCACAUGGAAUACCACAGAUUACGAUAUCUUUAGAUCGCACUUUAGAUCGCAGAUGCACCUCCAUCCAGCUCAUCAUCUUCUUCAAAUUUUUAGAGAAAUAUGGAUCAAAUUUCCUUUUUUUAAAGAAGAAGAAGAUCUUGCUAUUUGUGAACCUUUAUCAGUCACAGAGCUGAAGAAAAUGGGUAUUCGUUGCAGUUCAAACAACCAACAAUAUAUUAGCUUAUCACUCGUCCAGCUUAAAUCAUUUGUGUUAUCAGGAACGUUGUUCCUUCCUCGACUAACCAUCCACGAAUGGACCAAGACCCUGUUAUUAAACCUAGUCGCUUUUGAAUUUUCAAGCAACGCACAAGAUAAAACCAUAGGGGUUUGGUCUUACUUGAAUCUCAUGAAUAUGUUGAUUCAAGGAGAGGAAGAUGUUAAGGAGCUGCGAGCCAGGGGCACACUCCAGCUCAAAUCCGUUAGUAAUGUCCAAGAAGUUGUUAACCUCUUGAGAUAUAUAACAGCACGUGGAGUACCUAAUCAUCGAGCUUACGGGCAUGUCAAACGAUAUAUUUUUACUUACUCCAAAAGUAAAGUGCUCCCUGUACGAGUUCUCCUCGCUGAACUUAAGCAUAGGUACUUUCAUGGUCCCUGGAGUUUUCUUCUGUUUCUUGCUGUUCUCUUCACUGUCACUAUGACUGUAAUUCAGACCCUCCUCACAGAAUUCAGACUUAUAAAUAGACUGACUGUGCAUGCGCAUGCGCUUGUUCCCCCCUGUCAACAUUUCAUUCUUGUUUUUGCUUGUAUCUUCAUUAGUUGUAUUAUGAUUGUGGUCGAAUAAGGAAACCCGUUGGAUGAGUUUACUUGAUGAAAACUCGUCCAACGGAUUUGUUAGGAGGUAGUAAUUAGCCCUUUUGUUAGGCAUCAUGUUUCUAAUUGUACUUUUCAUAUAUUCAUCGUAUCUUGAUUGUGUUCUAAGUAUUAGAGCAUAA